CGACUCCGCCCACACUUCACGUUAUUGAAGGAAGAAGAAUUUGCUGCAGUCCCUAGUAUUUUGCAUUUUGCAAGAAUCUUUCCCCGUGUUUAGAAAGAAAUUAAGUGUUGCUUAAUUGGUCUAGCCUGUGUUGAGAGCCCAGACGGGAGGGAAUAUAUAGAGGUACCUUCACUCAGCAUUAGUGGAACAUGGACAGCGAGGGCAGAAAGGUUGUCGUCUGCGACAAUGGCACAGGGCAUGAAGAAUGCAGGCCGCGCCGCAAUGAACUCUGUUGGGGCAUCCCGCAGGAAUGAUUGGAAUGUAUUGCACAUCUACAGGUUUGUCAAGUGUGGCUUCGCUGGCUCCAACUUCCCCGAGCACAUCUUCCCUGCGUUGGUGGGUCGGCCCGUCAUUCGUUCAAACACCAAGGUCGGAAACAUCGAGAUUAAGGACUUGAUGGUGGGUGAUGAGGCCAGUGAGUGUCGCUCCAUGCUGGAGGUGUCCUACCCCAUGGACAACGGCAUCGUGCGCUCCUGGGAAGACAUGCUUCACCUGUGGGACUACACCUUCGGCCCUGGGCGCCUCAAUAUCAGCCCCCCAGACUGCAAGGUGCUGCUGACGGAACCGCCCAUGAACCCCACUAAGAACCGGGAGAAGAUUGCUGAGGUCAUGUUCGAGACCUACCAGUUCCACGGCAUUUAUGUAGCUAUCCAAGCCGUGCUCACACUCUAUGCCCAGGGGUUGCUAACAGGUGUGGUUGUGGAUUCGGGUGACGGUGUGACCCACAUCUGCCCCGUGUACGAGGGCUUCUCUCUCCCGCAUCUCACGCGCAGGCUGGACAUCGCAGGGCGUGACAUCACACGCUACCUCAUCAAGCUGCUGUUGCUGCGCGGCUAUGUCUUCAACCAGUCGGCGGACUUUGAGACGGUCCGCAUGAUGAAGGAGGAACUAUGCUACGUGGGAUACAACAUAGAACAGGAGCAGAGACUGGCCACAGAGACCACCGUGCUAGUGGAGUCAUACAUACUCCCUGACGGUCGUCAGGUGAUGGUGGGAGGGGAGCGGUUCGGGGCCCCUGAGGCCCUCUUCCAGCCUCACCUCAUCAAUGUAGAGGGAGCCGGCGUGGCUGAGCUGCUGUUCAACACCAUCCAGGCUGCUGACAUAGAUCUCAGGUCUGACUUCUACAAGCACAUUGUGCUGUCUGGAGGCACCACCAUGUACCCCGGCCUUCCCUCCAGACUGGAGAGAGAGAUCAAACAGCUCUACCUGGAGAGGGUGCUGCAGGGGGACACUGAGAAGCUCUCUAAGUUUAAGAUCCGCAUUGAGGACCCUCCACGGCGUAAACACAUGGUGUUCAUGGGUGGCGCAGUGCUGGCUAACAUCAUGAAGGACAAGGAGUCCUUCUGGCUGAGCCGGGCUGAGUACCUGGAGAAAGGCCUAAGGGUUCUGGACAAACUGGGAGGAGGCGUGAGAUAAAGGUGAAAUAGGGGUUAGGUAGGGUCUCACACAGACGAGGUCUGGGGGUGCCGGACAAGCUGGGGCGCAGCAAUAGAUAGAAGUGCUCGGUCGUAUUGACUUGGCACAAAUGGAAGAAAACGCUGUGCUCUAAUGAACACGACACUGGAUAAAAUGGGGGCCGGGGUCAGCUAGACUUAAUACAAAAGAAAGAGUGUAUGAUACUGUGUUAAAAACUGUGAUUCUGUAAUAGAGAAAUGAUCAUGCUUUCCUGGAUGCAUAGGGGCCAGCCAUUAGCUCCGAUUAGAAAUCUCUGUUAUAAAAAGCAUGACAUAGAAUAGCAUUCUCCACUUCGUAACGAUCAACUUUCCAAGAUGUUUUCCUUGUCAAAUUGACAUAUUGUAUUGCAUACAGUACAACAAUUACACAGUACAAUUACACAAUAGAAUUGUACAAUUGUAAUGUUUCACAUUUUUACCAUUUUAAUUCUCACUGUGUCAAAUUGAACCCUUUUGAUGAGGUUCGUUAUGUUGUUUCAAAUGCAGAUGAAAAUAAAUACAACUGACUUUAAUCUAAAUGCCAAAUGGAAUAAAGUGAAUGUUAUGGUCUUUGACUGAAUAGCC